AUGUCUCGCACAAUAGUCGUCACCGGCGCAGCCAGAGGUUUGGGACUGGAAUGGGUGAAACAGCUCACCCAAGACCCCCAAAACCUCGUGAUAGCAGUCGUCCGAGACCCGUCCAAAGCAACUCAACUCCAACCACUUCUCGGACCACGUGUCGUCGCAGUAAAAGCUGAUCUCGGAGCCUUCGACUCCUUCCCCGUUGUCGCUGAAGAAAUCUCUAAAGUCGGAGGAGGCAAAAUCGACGUCCUGAUUAACAACGCAGGAAUCAUGACCGGCGCCGGCGCCUCCUUCGACCAAGGAAUCUCGCACUCGACACCCCAGGAAUGGGACGAGCAGUUCCGCAUCAACGUCACGGCGCAAGUCUUCUUCACGCUCGCCCUCCUCCCCCUCCUAUCCAACGGUACCGAGAAGAAGGUCGUCAAUCUCGCUUCCAUGCUCGGUGAUAUCAAGUACUCAGAGGAGAAUCCGCAUCUGAAUUUUGCGAGUUAUUCCGUGACGAAGGCCGGCAUCACGAUGGCUAGUCUUAAAUUCCACAAUGAGUUUAAGGAGAGAGGGUUCACGUUUUUGGCACUGAAUCCAGGGUGGGCGAAUACUGAUCUUGCUGGUGAGGGGAUGGGUGCUUAUGUGAGUUACUCCGGUGCAAGUUUGAGAAGCAAGAAACGUUCUGAUAUUUGUUGA